UUUAUAACUGAUAUAAGUGCAACCUUUGCGUGACAGAGCUGUUAAUUUUAAGUGUGUCAGAGGUCACUGCUCCACCAGAUAAUUUUUUUUUUUUUUGCUCAUACAAAAUCUUCUUGAUGACGUCUCAGUUGCUUGAGAUCAUCACACCGAGGAAAUCUGUUUUAAACUUUAGUAGAUCUGGUAAUCUAAACCUGAAUCCAGCUUCUGGCACAUGUUUGCUUUGAAUCUAGCCAUAACACCAGAGCCUUGAAAAAGAAUGUGAACUUGCUGUGGCCAUGCUCAAUAAUAUGUCUGCUGUUUGUGCUGAAAGGCGCCGAUUUCAGUAUGUUAUUGUUCACAAGCUCAAGGAUGUCUGCUGUAGGAGUCUCUGAAGCGCCCAGAGGAAAACCCACAACUCAUCCUCCUGUUGUACCGUCCACACCUAAAACCAUGACUCCACCAUUCAACCGCGUCGUCUUUGUCUGCUGGAUUUCCGUUUCUGUCACUCUACGUGGAUUUGCAUCGUUUGCUUCGAACAUUUCAACCCAGAUCCAAGCAACUGUCGUUCAAGACGAGGAGGACACAGACGGGAAUUCACCGUUUGUGCAGCUGAGAGCAAGUCUGCUGUCCUACUCGCAGCCAGUCCCACCUUACACCCUGCUGACGAACGCUGAGGACUGCGCCUACAUGCCCGAACCCAGUGACCGACAGCCCUCUCGCCUCCUGCUUCUCCUGGGAUCCUCUUUUGACCUGUUCUGGAUGUCCAUAGAGCAGCCGUCUGAAGCCUCUGAAGGUCAUUCGUCCCUGCUUGGGAAAUUACCAAAUUACACCGCUGCGAGAAAGAAAGUCAACUCGAGUGCUUCUCCAGAGCUGAGAGAGGCUGCGGCAAUGAAUCGUCAGAAGCUGGCGAAGGAAGCUGCGGAUCUGGACCUGAGUUCUCUGUCCUCACGGGUCGCCAGUUCACUCAGACACUGGUUGGUGCGCUCUGCCACUUGUGGAUUGAGCUACCAGUGGGUGGAUCUGGGUCCGGCUUUCUGGCCACGUUGGGUGCGUCAGACUGAUUGUGAAACGUCUGAUGGGUUGCACGUUUGUUCUUUUCCAGGUGGGAUGGAGUGUGUGCGAGCUCAGACGGCUCGCAUAAAGAUUCUGGCUUGGCACUGCUUAGAAAUCAGAGGGGGAGAUGUUUUGAGAGGGAACACAUCUGACGGUAUGGAUGGUAGAAUUGAGAUGGGGACAGGUGACGUCACAGAGCGGUGCAUUUGGAGGCCGGUGCUUUAUCCUGUGGUCUCCGCAUGCACGUGCUCUUGUAAAUGAAUGUUUUGCUCACUCUGGCUUAAAACGUUCCAUUCCCGUGAUAUCCCAGAUGUUUAAAAGCAGUUUAUCAUGUCAUUAAGUGGUUAUUGAUGAAAUCAAAAACGUGUCAACGGAUUUUCCAAACCUAAUCAUAUUUGCUUAUAAUAGAUUAGAAAGGGGUUGCACGUUAAUGUUGCUAGCUUUGAGCAGAAUUUAAUGCAAAAUAUUUCCUUCUGAUGAUAAAUUGUCGAGUUAUUUAGUUACUUAAGCAGCAUGCUCUUUUCCCACCAUGAUUUGCGAGAGAGUUGACACUCACGUAGUGCUCUAUUGUUGCUUCAUGGAAGCAGCUGCAAAGUGUCUAUGCAGUGAAUAAAUACUGAAAAGGCUUCUCAAUCACUUUUAUCCAUUCUGUGAUGGUCCGGGGCCUUAAAACGGACACAUAUUUGUUCACAAGCUAUCCUCACUGAAAUUCAAGUUUCUAUGUGUCUGGUGUCAGCAACCGUAUACUGACCUUUGGUACAGCUGUAUAUUCUCUUAUUACUUUUGGGUUAUUGAUGGCCGACUUUUUACAUGUCUUUUUGUCAGCUUUUGUCACAAUUAGCCUGCCUGUACUUUUCCUGUACUAACGAUUAGUACAGGAAAAUCUUAUAGAUAUUGAUGUACUAUUGAAUGGUCACCUCAAUAGCCGAUGUCUGCUGACUUUCUUAUAGUCAUAAAUAAAGCCAGAGAUAACAGGUUUUCUAUAUUUAACCAUUGAUCAUUUUAACUAUUGGUAUCCUAAUAACGCUGUUUAAAAUAUGUGUACUGUGUGUUCCCAUGUCUAUUUAGCAGUUGUGUUUGCAAUAAAUAAAAACUGAAAUGCUGAAA